UAUAUAUAUGUUUGCAAGUGUGUAUCAACUAUUUAUUUCUUAACAAGGAUCCUCAAGAGUCAAGACUAAGCUAAGUGUCUCAAGAAGUCGGAUAAUAUGAUGGAGCUACAAUUGGGGCUAGCACUUUGUGGCAAUUCAGCAAAAGGGUAUAAUCUUGAUGACUUCAAUAUUGGAUCGUUGUGUGGGAAUUUCAAUUUGAACAACAAUAUCAUGAAAGGUAGCUCAAGUGAAAUUCUUGAUGUUCAAGAUGAAAAUAAUGUCCAAGUUCUUCAGACUCUGCCUUUGCUUGUUUGGGACAAAGAUGAUGCUGAUGGUCACAAUGAAUCACAAAGAAAAGAUGGGGAUGAAAAUGGGAUGGUGGGCUGGCCACCAGUUAAUGCAUUAAGGAAGAAGCUCUGCCACCAGAGCCGCCACCGCCUCUAUGCCGGUGCAAUGAACUACGUCACGGUGAAGAAUGGUGGCGUUGGCGGCGGUGGCAGAGGAUCAAAUUGUUACAAGUAUGUGAAAGUGAAAAUGGAAGGAAUUGGAAUUGCAAGGAAAAUUGACUUGAGUAAUUUUCAAUCUUAUGGGACACUUACUGAUACCUUAAUUUCCAUGUUUGGAAAAAGUAGAGAAAAUGGUGAUGUUUAUAAACUUACUUAUCAGGAUAAAGAAGGUGAUUGGCUUCUUGCUGGUGAUGUACCAUGGAGGGCUUUUGUUGGAUCAGUGCAGAGGCUAAAAUUGAUUAGAGAUGAAGAUUAUUAAUUAGUGGAAUAUAUAUUAUCCCCCUCUAUACUAUUUUAAUGUCUAUUUUAUUUUUAUCUUUUGAUGUCUAGAAAGAUGUAAUCUCAAAUAGAGUUUUUGAUUAUUAUGUGUAGAAAUUCUGAAGAACUAGCCUAUGACAUACUCUUAAUUAUAACCAAAAAAAAAAUUGAUAUAUAUGAUUUUAAAAGCUA